AUGUUAAAAUCUCAUUAUUCAUGGUUACAGCUGCUUAUUUUUUGCUUAUUCAUGGUGACAACCAUCAUGAUGAUGUGGUCGAAUGAUUCAAACAAGCACCUUGGUGUACAUGCACGUGUGAUGAUUCAAGACUAUGAUUUGAUUGAUGAUAAUGUAAUUUCAAGAAAAUGUCACCAACGUGGUCGUAGACGUGUUCAUCGUUCUUUAUCUACACAACCCUCCUCCUCCUCCUCACUCGUAUUACUCGAUGAUUCAUUACCUCGAAUGUCACCAAGAUGCACUCGGACAAGAAGAAAAACUCAAAAGAUUAUUCUUAUUCAACAACAACAACAAAAGAAAUCAACUCUGAGAUCUUCAUGUUGUUGUCAACAAAAUCAAUUCCCAGGUGCUGAAUUGACCAUUCAAAUGCCACCCUCUGAACAUCGAAUUAUUCUCAAAGCUCCUCCUCCUCCUACUGCACAACCAACUGUGGAACAACCACCCAGCACUACUCCAGUUGAAACUAAAUCUCAACCAACCAAUGUUCAAGUGAGUGUGGAAUUAGGUAUUAAGCGUGGUGGUGGUGGUGCUGGUGGUAAAAGAGUGUUACCCAAUGUUGUUGAAUCAGCAACUCCAACAACAACUCCAACCACAAAUAAUAAUCAACAAACCUCUUCAAGUGGUAGUAGUUCCAGUGCAAGUACCAGUGGUAGUAGUGGUAGCAGCACAAGCAACUCUCAAGUGACUACAGAGUCCAGUGGUGGCAGUGGUACCAGUAGCAGCACAAGCAGUUCCACAAGCAACUCCAAUCAUAGUGAGUCUUCUUCAAACAGUUCCUCUCAGCAACAAGAAACCUCCUCAAACAAUGAGAGCAGUAGUACAAGUACCACUACUACUACUUCUGGAAGGAGCAAUAAUCGUCGUAAUCGUCGACGUAAAAAGAUUAUUCGAAAUGUUAUUGGCACAGUGAUCAACAACAAUCAGAGUUCUGUUUCCUCUUCUACAAGAAGAAGAAGAACAAACACCAGUCGUACGACAAGUACAACUAGUAGUACAACUACUACUCAGAGUGGUCGUCGUCGUCAACGUCAAACACGUACGACUCAAAGAAGUAAGGCUAGCAGUAGUAAGGCGAGUAGUCGUCGUCAAAUUCGUACGACUCAAAAGACCACCACCAAUAAUAGUCGUCGUAAUCGUAAUCGUAGCAGUACAACUUCAACUACUACCAGGAAAAGACAAAAACCAUCCACCACUACAACAACAACAACUAGUAACAAUUGUCGUUUGAAAUAUUCAUUCCCUUCAUUCAAACAAUGUGAUUCAAGAUGGAGUAGUGAUAAACUUGGAACAAGUAGUGUAACUAUUUGUAAGGCUGGAUGCUUGAUGACUUCUAUUGCCAUUGCAUUGAAUGGUAUUGGACGUACACCAUUCACUCCUAAAGAAUUCAAUCAAUGGCUCAUUCAACAUGGUGGUUAUCUCAAUAAGAAUUUAUUUGUAUGGGCAUCCAUUGAGAAGGAAUUUGGUGUUAAGUAUGCAGGACGUACGACCAGUAUUGAAAGUGUGGUACCAAAGAAUUUGUGUGCUGGUCGAUUGGUUAUUCUCAAAUUGAGACGAGGUACUACCAGUAAGAAUGAUCAUUUUGUUGUGGCCACAUCCUAUGAUGCUACAAGUAAGGAAUUUACGGUAGUUGACCCUGCCUUUAAUAGAAAUAGAUACAAAUUGAGUGAUAUUGAAAGAAGUGAUUCUUAUACUUUUUAA